CUUCUAUUGUGCUAUAGUAGUAGUAGUUUGGUGUUUUUGGGGUGUUAGUUUAGAAAAUUAAAAUGAAGAUCCUCUUAGCAUUGGCAUUCCUAAAAAUCGCAACCUGCACCGUUAAUCACGGCAACUAUCUUCCACCAUCGAAUAGAGGAGGCUUCUCAGGUUCAUCCUUUUCAGGAUCAUCAUCUUUCACAGGGGGCCAAUCAAGCGGUUACUCUGGUUCUUUCUCAGGUUCUGGUUCUGGUCAACAAAUACCAAUCCUGCGACUAGACGCCAUCAAUGAAGGCGAUGGAUCAUACCAGUACAACUACGAAACUGGCAAUGGUAUUUCAGCUCAAGAACAAGGCGACACCAGAGGUGAUGGAACAAGAGCACAAGGAGGAUAUUCUUACACCGCUCCAGAUGGUCAACAGAUUCGUAUCCAAUACACCGCUGAUGAGAAUGGUUUCCAUCCUCAAGGUGCUCAUUUACCAACCCCACCUCCAAUCCCAGAAGCCAUAUUGAAAUCUCUGCAGCAAAAUUUGGCCGAUGAAGCUAGAGGAGUAGUCGAUGAUGGAUCAUAUCAGGAUAACCAAGGUUCAAGUCGUUUCGGUGGUUCAAGUCAUUUCGGAGGUUCCAGUCAGUUUGGAGGUUCCCGUCAACAUGGAGGUUCCAGUCAGUUUGGAGGUUCCAGUCAGUUUGGAGGUUCCGGUCAGUUUGGAAGUUCCAGUCAUUUUGGAGGUUCCAGUUUCAGUAAAGGAGGUCAAGGUGGAGGAUACCAAUAUUGAAAUUACUGAUUAAUAAUUGUGUUCAACGAAUGGUGAUAUUACUGAUAUUAUUUAUAUUUGUAUAAAUGUUUAUUAUUAAUAAAAUGCAAUGAUUUUAG